AUGUACACAACGCACAGCAGGCCGUACCCGGACCUGAUACGCGCCUGGUACAGGCGGUCGCUGCAGGGCCUCCCGCGCCGCCCGCUGCGCAGCGCGACGGCUUCGUGUAGCCCGUCAUCUGCGGCAACGGAGGUCUCGCUGUACUCCAUCACCACCGCCGCCGAUGAGGAGGAGGGGGAGAGGGAGGAGGCGUUCCCGCCGUACGUGGAUCCGACGGAGGAGCAAGAUUUAUGCCUUGACCCGAUUCGCGCCCUCGGGAUUCCACGUUCGAAGUACCACACGAUAAAGGAACUGACGCUCUGUCGAAAAGGCAUCACACGGCUGCACCCAAAUGUGCAGCUGCUGGAGAACCUUGACACCCUCAUCAUUCGCCACAACCGGUUGCGGCAAAUAGCGUUCCUGCUGAAGCCACGAUACGCACACGGCGCCCCGCCUGUCAUCGAGGACAGCGCGGCGGUGGAGAUUCCAUACGGCGGCGCUCGCGGCUGCCGACUGCUGCGGCGGCUGUACGCCUCGCACAAUAACCUGCAGACACUCGACGGCGACGUGAGCCGUCUGCGGCAGCUUGAGGUGCUUGCGCUGGCUAACAAUCGUCUCAGCAAUCUCACCGCGGUGUCCACGCAGCUGAAGCCGCUGCGGUGCCUGCGGGAACUGGACCUGCGCGGCAACCCGCUUUGCGACGAGGUGGGCUACCGCCUCUUCCUCAUCUACGAGCUUCCGCAACUUGAGGUGCUCGACAGGCGUGCUGUGCGGUACGACGAACGCAAAGAGGCCGCCGCGUUGUACGGCUCUUCAAAGGGCGUCAUGACCACUGGCAGGGUGUCCCCGCCACUGGUGCCCACACCGAGGUCGGGGGAAACGUAUACAUCAUCACAGAAGUCGUUGCUUGAGAGCGACCAUGGUGAUGGAGAGGGUGAGAAUGAGGACGGCACACCCAAGCCAUUGGAGCCAAGUGUCACUUUCCUCUCACGGCUGGAGCAGAGACGGCAGCAGAAACACCAGCAGACGCAGCAGGAGCGGCGCUCAUGUCUGCUCAGCGUUAUGGGCGCACGUUCAAACGAAGGCGCAGCACUGAAGAAGGUUGCCUUUUCGUCCACUUACACGCAACCGCUCUCCAGUGAUGCGAACGACGCCACUGGCAGGCGCCGCCCUCUCUUCAAGGCGUCGUCGUGCGAACGUCUUCUGGGUGAAAGGGUGCGCCGAAUUGAGGAAGAGAAGCAGAAGCGCAUGCAAGAAGAAGCACAGGCGCAGGCCGACGCACAGCGGGCGGUGCAAGAGAAGCACCAGGCGUUCCACGCUGCGUGGGCACUCUCACGGGGUGGCAUGCCGCUCUCAGCGGAGAAGUGGGAGGCGCUUGUCAAGACGUUGGAGGGGACAACAACAACAACAACAGCAGUAACCACCGACUCGCCGUCUGUUGUUUCACAACGCAGCUCGCUGCGGCGCAAGUCCAUCACGAGUCGGCAACACGCGAUAGAGCCGGCGGUAAAGCCAGCGGCGACAGGCACAAACGCUGUGGUGAGCAUUGACCGGGAGCAACUUCAGCUUCCGCCACUUCCAACACCGACGGUAGGCAGCAGUGAUCAUAGUGUUCUGUACGAUGCCCUGUUGCACCGUUCGGCUGUUAUGGAAGCGAGGCUCAGGAACAACCGCUUCUGUCUGCCGGAGACGAAUCGGCUCCAGCGAAUGGACGAUAUGCUCAGCAAGACAACAGAGCUGCUGCAGCAGCAGCAGCAGCAGCAACAGCAACAGCAACAGCAACAGCAACAGCAGACGGUCUGUAUGACGAGCACGAAAACCAAGCAGGCCAUCUUGCUCCGCACAAUUCAGCAGCAGAAGGAUGUGCUGAUCCCAGAGCCGUGGGAGCGCACCACGACGGAGGGCGCGACGACCACGAUCACUGCAUCAGAACAGAUGGAGUACCUCUACCAGAUGGCGAUGGCGCUUUUCCUUCCGACCGAGCUGAGCGCGCUGGAGGGGCAAUUCAUGGUGAACGUCACGGAGUUACCUUCACCGCAGGAGGCACAUCGGGCGAAGAAGCAGAUGAAGAAGGACAAGAGCCGUACGGGCGAGGCGAUGCGAUUGUCGCCGACGCCCACCGCCUCUGCCCCGCCGGUGGGCCCCAUCCUCGCCUCCUCUGCGCUGCUGCAGCGGCUGCCGACUGUGUUAACCGCCACAGGCGUGGAGGUGGGGCCGCUCGAGCGCACUUCCUUCGUACGGGUGAUGAAUAUGCUGGACGGCGAGAGUGGGGUGUGGAACCUUAGCGUCGAGCUCAUGACGGAGGCGUUCGUUGAGGAGUACAUGAGCAAGGCGCACGCAAACACCAGCGAGAGCACCGCAAGAGUGGAGGAGCAGAGCGGCUCCGUCACGGGUCGACGUGGGCGACGCUCUCUUGUGAGGACNCAAACACCAGCGAGAGCACCGCAAGAGUGGAGGAGCAGAGCGGCUCCGUCACGGGUCGACGUGGGCGACGCUCUCUUGUGA